AGUACUAUUAGCUUGCUUCGCACCGUUCACUACAGUAAGGAACGCGCUGAUUCUCAUGAUAUGGAUGGUCAGCACCUGGACGGCCAACAUCACUCGUCUUUAAGUCAUUCAACUCAAAGCUCUUCUUCUUCUGCUAUCGACUUAACCGUCACUAUCACUGGUCUUGCCACUUCAGCUCCUCCGUCUCCGACACUUCAUCCUUCGGAUGGUGGUCGUUCUGUCGCUCGCAGACGAACAAGCUGGGCCAAGUUAGACGUAGGGCAGGAUCCCUUGCGUCUCAAUCUUUCAAAUAUUACUAUGGAGGCAGGUCCCUCAAACUUCAGAAGAAAUUCGCCUCGGUCAUUUGCUCCGGAUGAGAACCCGUUUUAUUCUCCUGACAACCCAUUCUUUGCAAAUACGGCAUACAAUGGGGACUCGAUUUACGAUGAGUUAAACUACACCUCUGCACAAGCUGGUCCAUCUUCCUCCUCGUUAAUAUCGAAUCCAGACUCCGACCUUGACUCAUCCAAGGACGGAGACGAGGUUCAUCUCACUGGCACCAACUCUCGAUGGAAAUCAAGUGCAAAUGGGAGUUGGACUAAUAACAAUGAUUUGUCCCUCGACUCCGAGCGCACGGGAGGUGCUACAGCCCCCACUAGGCGGAGGACGCUGCGUUACAGUUCAUCACCUUCCCCUCUUAAGCGAACCGGCUCGGCGUUCAAGGUAAUGUCAAAGCACCUUCGACGCGCGUCUCUCCGCGUCGUCAAUCUUGCAGGCCAUGGCUUGGACACCUCCAUUCGCAUACCGGAUGAGGACUUCGACGAAGGCGAAUACUCCCCCGCACAAGAGGCCAAGGAACCCUUCGAAGAACAAUGCAACGAAGAACAAGUCUUUCUUACCAGAAAGCUGACUCCCUUACGAGGGCGUACUCUCGGUUUCUUGGAGUCGUCAAGCACAUUUCGCCUUCGCCUUUAUCACUUCCUUUCUCACCCAUGGACUGAACCUCUAAUACUUUGUUUAAUAAUCCUUAAUGCCUGUGUAUUGAUAUCUCAAGCAUCUCGCACGGUCCUUCUUCCGUCGGACCAGUCCAUACCAACCCCACAAAAGGGCUUCUUUUUCAUUUGGGAGGACUACGUUUUAUUUGGAUUGUUUAUCAUAUUCACGUUCGAAGCAGUGGCACGAAUAUGCGUUUCUGGAUUUCUACUAGAUCCUGAAGUUCCGACAUCAGCUUUCUUUGUAUCUUCAACAUCAUCGGCGACCUCCACGUCGACUUCAAGGAUAGGUUCUUCCGCGUCCGGUUCUUUGUGGCCCUUUUAUGAUCGUCUAUCACGGCCUUUCAAACUCUCCGCGGCUACCUCUUCACGUUCGAUGCCUAACAUGGUACCUGGUCCAAGCAAUUUGCCUCGCGAUGCUUCACGCAAAGAAAAACCGGCCAUUGUAGAUGAGCCUUCUUCACGGACCCACCUCCGAAGUGCUUCGCAGCCAACAUUCUUCUCCCGUGCCCUUCGGUCAGACCAAACGCCUCCGGACGUGAUCUCGCUGCCAUUCCGACUAAAUAUCGAUAACGCACGCGACAAGGUGUAUCGCAAUAUGCCAUACUUGCGGCAAAGCUGGGGGAGAAUUGACUUCAUUGCUAUACUCAGCUUCUGGUUGAGCUUUGCACUCGCAAUGGCAGGCGUGGAGCGCGGGUCUCAUCAUGUCGCCGCAUUCAGAGCGAUGAGUGUGCUGCGGAUCUCCAGACUUCUGGCUAUCACGUCUGGAACCACUACAAUCAUGCAAUCUCUGAAAAUCGCUCGGCCGCUGCUUACUAACGUGGCAUACUUUGUUGUCUUUGCUGCGGUGUUAUUUUCGAUCAUUGGAGUCCAAUCUUUCAAAGGUUCUUUUCGACGAAACUGCUACCUUCAGCCUACACUAGGUGAAAGCCAAACGCAAACAUCCCAAUCUUGUGGUGGUUACGUCGACGCGGCUACAUUGAACGUCUUUCCUUAUAUACAGUUGGACGGUACGCCAGGUCCCGCAGUCAAGGGUUAUAUCUGCCCUUUGGGGCAGAUUUGUCAGGAGGGAGACAAUCCAUAUAAUGGUAUCCAGAGCUUCGACAAUAUUUAUUACGCCGCACUUCAAGUUGUCGUUGUGACGUCGGCCAAUGGCUGGUCCCCUAUGAUGUACUCGAUCAUCGACGCCGAGUUCUUCGUCUCCUGCUUCUUUUUCAUUAUUUGCAUCCUUGUACUGAACAUCUGGCUUAUAAAUCUAUUUGUCGCUGUGAUCACGAACACAUUCUCUGCCAUACGUGCUGAUACGCGGAAGAGUGCCUUCGGUGCCGCACCACUAGGACCUGUAGUCGAAGAGCGAGAAGAGGGUUGGGUGGACGGCAAACACGUUUCUCAGAACAACUGGCUCAAGGCAUUCUACACCCAUACGCGCUGGUGCUGGGUGUUUCUGGCUCUCGCGUCGCUCGUCGUUCAAGCCACCGCCAGUUCUGACAUGAGCGAUAUGCAUCAACAGAUCCUUGAUAAAUCAGAGCUCGUGCUUACAGUGGCUUUUGACAUCGAGAUCAUCAUGCGCAUCGUAGCAGAGCUCCCAGCGUGGCGAAGGUUUUUCCAGCAUGGGAAUAACUGGUUAGAUCUUGUGUUGGCGGUGGGGUCGAGCGUCAUUCAGAUUCCGGCCAUUCACAACUCGGAGCUGUACCCCUGGUUGACGAUAUUCCAACUCGGGAGGUUCUAUAGAGUGAUUCUAGAGGUCCCGAGAAUGAAGCCGCUCAUGCUCACGGUUUUUGGGAAUCUGUACGGUCUAGCUAACAUGACACUUUUCUUGUUGCUCGUUAACCUCCUUGCCGCGUUGGUCUGCGUCGAGCUCAUCCGCGGUGAUAUGACAAACCAAGCCACGAUCAAUUUUGGACAGUUGUGGAAUUCGUUCCUCGCCGUGUAUCAGAUAUUCUCUUCUGAGAAUUGGACAGACGUCAUGUACGGAGCAACCGAGGCUGAGAUAUCCCUAGGACAGGCGGUGAUCGUAGUUGUGUUCUUAUCCUCGUGGUUUAUAUUCGCAAAUUUCAUCGUGAUGCAGAUGUUCAUCGCUGUCAUAAACGAGAACUUCAGCGUCGCGGAAGAGACCAAGAAGGGUAAACAAGCAUCGGACUACUGGGCUCAACAUCACCCGCAAAAGGUCAUGCACAACAGCUGGGCUCGCAAGCUAAAUCCGUAUCGAUGGGUCAAGGCGGAUCCCGUUCGUGUCAAGGUCGAGAACCUUCCUUCGAAUCUGGUCUUGCCGAUGCAGAAGACGCUUGUCCAAGAUUAUGGGGUUAUUGGGCAGGACAGCCGAAACGGAACUAAACCCACGCCAUUGAAGGGUGCGAGGCAUCUCCCUUCGAAAUCGUUGACAGCGCUUCAACAAUUGUUUUCUGGGACUACGAAUUCGAAUGACGUGCCGUUGGUGGCCCUACGGCAGGGACGGCGUGAGUCAACAGCCGUGCAAGAUGAAGAGACGGAGCGUUAUCUCGAUAUUCUUGCCAAGGCGGCUGGUGGCGCCGACAUGACUGAGGACGACCAUGAUGAGAACUCCGAGCGGAGGGCACAGAAGGCGGACUUCAUCAGAGAUCACCCGACGUAUGACAAGACCUUUUGGCUGUUCUCGCAGAAAGGUCGUCUCCGGAAUAUGUGCCAGCAGAUUGUCAAGCCUGCUGGCGGAGAUCGUUUAUUCGGAGUCCCACCAUCCGACAUCUCCCAUACGCUAUUCCAGCUCCUGAUCUUGUUGACCGUGCUUGGUGGUAUUAUCACGGAGGGCAUAGCUACCCCUUUGUACCGGCGCAAUUACUACAUCGAGCACGGUAUGGUGCGUGAUACUUGGUUCAACAUUGCCGAGGUAGCGUUUGGCCUUCCUUUCCUAGCCGAAUUCAUCAUCAAGAUCAUCGCUGACGGUUUCUUGUUCACUCCAAAUGCCUACGUCAAGAGCAUAUGGAACAUCCUGGACUUCAUCAUACUCGUCGGUUUACUUGUGAACUUGUCGUUCACGCUCAUUUUCGUCAGCGGAUUAACCCGCUCCAUCCACGCACUCAAGGCUCUUCGAGCUCUCCGCCUCGUGACUUUGAUCGACAAGAUGCGAAACACAUUUGAAUCACUCAUUAUUUCCGGGGCGACUCGUAUCUUGGAUGCCGCUGUUUUGGCGAUUCUGUAUUUGAUUCCAUUCAGCGUUUGGGGCGUCAACAUCUUUGCAGGAUUAAUGAACGAAUGCAACGAUAACAGUACUAAUAUCCUAGGCAUCAAUGAUUGUACCAACGAGUAUGUCAACACACAAUACGGCAAUUCUUUCGGAUAUUUGGCCCCUCGUGCCUGGGACAAUCCCUCACCUUCCACGACGUUCUCCUUCGAUAACUUCCGGUCCUCCAUGCUCAUUCUGUUCGAGAUUGUAUCGUUGGAAGGAUGGAUCGAUGUCAUGUCCAUCGCGAUGAGUAUCACUGGGAAGAACCAACAACCGCAGACCAAUGUUUCGCAGAUCAACGCUAUUUUCUUUGUUAUCUACAAUUUGCUUGGAGGCGUCGUGAUUCUGACUCUUUUUGUCAGUAUUAUCAUCGGCAACUUCUCAUCUAAGACUGGCUCUGCAUUCCUGACCGAACCUCAGCGAGAAUGGAUUGACCUGCAAAAACUGAUCAAACGCCAAAAGCCAUCGCAGCGUCCUAAGACUCAGCCUACUCAGUUAUUGCGAAGAUGGUGCUACGACCGCGCGAUUCACAAGCACGGCUGGUGGACGCGAAUGAUGACGUUCUUCUUUGUCGUUCAAAUCAUCGUGCUCAUGACGCAAACAUUCACAGUCCGUGAAGCUGUUGCGAAAUUUCAAGAUGCCUUCUCGCUCAUCGUCACAACGAUGUAUGUGGUUGAUAUCACUGUCAGGUUCUACGGUCUUGGGUGGAGGAGUUUCCGAGCCAACGGGUGGAAUUUGUUUGAUGUUGUGGUGGCCGGCGGCAGUUUCAUCACGACUUUGAUCGUUCGGUUUGGGUACAUGGGUUUUGCCGUCGAGCAACUACAGAAGUUGUUCCUCGUAAGCAUCGCGUUCAAGCUCGUGCAGAGGACCAACAGCCUCAAUCAGCUCUUCAAGACUGUGAUGGCGAGCUUGCCCGUCAUCCUGAACCUCUUGGGCCUGUGGUUCAUUCUUUUUAUCUUCUUCGCCAUCAUGUACAUGGAGGCCUUCGGCCUGACAAAAUGGUAUUCUGCAGAAACUCACACCCAGAACUACCAAACCAUGGGUUCGGCGCUCGUCAUGCUCGCGUUCAUGAGUACGGGCGAGGGCUGGAACCAAUACAUGCAUGACUUCACUCUGGCAUAUCCGCGGUGCACCAUCAGAUCUGGCAAGCUGGUGGAAUCGGAUUGUGGAAGUACCGCUUGGGCGUUCUCCCUUUUUAUCGCUUGGAACCUCCUGAGCAUGUAUAUCUUCUUGAACAUGUUUACUGGAGUCGUGGUGCAGAAUUUCUCCUACGUUUUCCAGUCCACUGGCGGAGCGAAGGCCAUCACUCGUGAAGAAAUUCGUUCCUUCAAGAAAACGUGGGCGGAGUAUUCCAAUUCAAAGACUGGGCUGCUUGAACAAAGUCGAUUGGUUCCCUUCCUAGGGAAAUUGAAUGGGAUUUUCGAGGUUCGCAUAUACCCGGUUGAAUACUCCAUUCCAUCCAUUAUCUCGGCGUGCGAAGAUGACGACAUCCAGAAGUUUGGGACGCAAAAGUUGAAUCCACGGAAAGUGAACAAGUUGCUGAGGAAGAUCGACUUCAACGUUAUAAGACAGCGAAGAGCAAUAUAUUGCCGGCUGCUUCACGAAGCCAGCAUUAUUGACCGCCAUCGCAAAGGCAUCUCGUUCACUGACAUGCUUUUCCUUCUGGCUCACCAUAAGCUGAUUGUGGACUGCGACGCACUAGAGCUGAAGGAUCUUAUCGUAAGGCAAGGCACGAACAAACUUGUCUCAGAUCUGGUGAACCUCGACCGUGUUCGUUCUUUGCUGAAAAUGAUAUCACUGCGACGAAGAUUUUUGGCCGAGCGAGAAAGGAGCACGCAGAGAGAUAUCCCUGCUAUUCACGUGGACUCUGCACCAUCCACUCCACCCCCAUUAACUCGGGAUAUCACUUCUCCUCGUAGUAACCACGACCGUUCAGACAACAGCCCUUCUAGCCCAACACCCUCUCCCCGAACUCUUGGCCCUUCCCCAGAACUUAAUGCCUGGGAUCACUCUUUCCGAAGUAGUCUCCAGCGGUCCCGCAGAAUAAGUGACGUCAGCAUGCUUUCUGCCGAUAUGGGACACGGUUACUGGAGGGAUAGCUCGUUAGACAUCGGUGAUCAAGCAGAUAUUAUGUCAUCCAUGCAGCGUUCUAUAUGGGGUGAGAUCAUGCAGCAAGCUGCGGAAGAGGAGUCAACGGCUUAAUUUGAUCCUAUUAUUUCAACUAAUGAUGGACAUUAUGGGACAUUUUGCGGAUACUAACUACAUGGCAUGUGUACUCCCAACAAUCAACACACUCAU